GUGCGGAGCCGAGCGAGGCCCCGCCCCCAACGCGCCUGCGCGGUGCGGCCCGGCAACCGCGGCCCGGGCCCGUCUGCAUGAGGAGGCGGCCGCCGCCCCCGGGCCCCGCCAGCGCCAUGUCGGAGCGGCCCGGCAAGCCCGCCUGCCUCAUCCUCGCCAGCGCGGCCUCCGGGGGUGUGUCUGCCCAAUCCUUUCUUCAUUCUUUUACACUGGCUAGUGCUGCUUUUAAUCUACAAGUUGCCACUCCAGGGGGGAAGUUAAUUGACUUUGUUGAUGUGAAUGAGAGCAACAUGCGUUGGAUACAGGACUUCCGUAUGAAAUCUUAUGCAAAUCCUGCCAAGUUGGAGUCAAUUGAUGGUGCUAGAUACCAAGCCCUGUUGAUUCCUAACUGUCCUGGGGCUUUGACUGACCUUGCAAACAGUGGAUACCUAGCUAAGAUAUUGCAGCACUUCUGCAAUGAGAACAAGCCUAUUUGUGCUGUGGGACAUGGAGUUGCUGCUUUAUGCUGUGCCACAAAUGAGGAUAAAUCCUGGGUAUUUCAGGGAUACAGCCUGACUGGGCCCUCUGUGUAUGAGCUGAUAAGGCAGCCCAAUUUUGCCAGUUUGUCCAUUAUUGUGGAGGACUUUGUGAAAGAUUCUGGAGCUACCUUUAGCGCCAGCAAGCCAGAUGCUGUACACAUAGUUCUGGACAGGCACCUUGUUACAGGACAGAAUGAGAAUUCCACUGUUGUAGCUGUCCAGAACCUUAUUCUUCUCUGCAAUGGCAGGAAAUGAAGGAGAAGGCCUCCUUGUAGCUGGGAUGGAUGAAGAGCCAGAGAGACUGAAGACUUUCUUGUCUGUGAAUGGGAUGUCUUGCUGAUGGAGAGGGCCAUCAGCACUUCUAGUGACUCUGUGAUCGUGAAGAGGCAGUACCAAUGUACGUGCAGAGUGGAUAAAGCUUGUGAACAAGAAAGCAUUUAAGUGUAUCACUCCUUAAAGAUGAUCCUGAAAUAGUCUCACUUCACUUUCUGGUAGUGAAACUUUUCUUUCAGAAUUUCUCCCCCCUGCCCUUGAAAAAAGAAGUUUCUACAUUUUACAUGGGAAAACAUCCUUAAAAAGAGCAUUUAUAUUACCAAUACUUCUCCUUGUGCUAAAGGGCGGAGACCCCACUCUAGGGCUAUAUAAUGUCAGCCCUUAGUUGGGAACCUGGUAAUUCAGCUCCAUAGUAAAACAGUUCUGGAAUACUCUCAAUUUAGGUCCAUUCAUUUAUCAGCUGGUGCCUGUGGUUCAGAUAUCAAACUCCACAAUUAAUGCUGUAUUGAAUUUCAGUUUGGAGUCUGUUCUAGCCCUCUGUCCAACGAGUCAUAAAGUUGGCUCCAGACUCUCUAAAUGGAUUUUUGAAAGUGUGACAGAUUUGAGAUAUAAAGGAAAAUGCUUAGAUAAAUCCUGCAUGAGUACAACUGAGUCUGAAGCAGGUCACCUUGGCGAUACCAUUGACAUAAUGUGCUCUUUUCUCAUUGUGCACUUCUGUAAAAAAAUCUGCUCAAAGGUGGUUUUAAAGGACCCUCUAAAAAGUCAUUUGCAGUACUGUUGUGUGCAGCAUGUAUUAUGAAUUUGUAUUAUUUGGAUUGUUAGAAAUAUAUUGAUCUCUGGCAAAUACAGUGAGAUUGUCUGUUCUUGAAAUUAAUUUUAUUACAGAAGUAAAAAUGAAUUUACUUGGA